AUGACGAUAAGCAGACGUCAGCCGUUGCUAUACUUCUUGCUACUCAUCGUAUUGUUGCAAUGGUCCGCGGCUACAAACGACCCAAAUGAAGACACUUUUUAUCAAGAUGUCAAUUAUUAUGAUACGUUGGCUAAUGCAAUAAAUUUUGAUGUCGAUAAAGCGCUUUUACAACAACGCUUAAAUGGAAAAUCACAACUUGACUCAGAUAAGCAUCCAAUUGAUAGUUAUCAGAUCGACGACGACAGCGAACAGGAUGAGCUGGAAAAUAAAGAAGUUAGUGAAAUGAAACGAGAACCGCCUUUUUUGAUGGAGAAUGAGUCUCUGAAUCGGAAACGCGACGCUUGCGAUAACGAUAACUCACAGUGUCACGAACAGGAACAAAAAGCUUCCUACACUUGUCAUGCGCAAACGCCAGAGCAGCAAGCGUGUUUAGAUGCGGCCGUAAAGGACACCAAGGAUACGAUUGAGCAUGUGACGUGUUUGAUAAAGCGCAUGCGGGAACAUGCGGUGUCCAUUGUUAAGGAGAUUAAUGAGCUGGAGGGAGAUUUUCUAGGCGCUUGCCAAGAUGAACGUCCGAAGCCAAUAUGUCCGAAAAGACCGCCUAGUAGAGGCAAUUGUAAAGGGCGUUACGGUUUUGCUGAAGAAGAUGAGCCUAACAGCAGCUACAACGAUGGAAUUGGCGCUUUCAAGCGUAUCUACGGAGUAGCGGGGCCGCCGAGUAAUAUUCAAAAAGGAAGUGAUAACUCUAACAAUCCUGCUUUUCUAAAUGAACAACACAAUGAAAACGGUAAUAACGGCAAUGAAGGUGGCAGCGGCAUUCAAAAUGUCAAUACGAAUACAAAUACAAAGCCGAAUUCAAAAGGUGCGCCCACUAAGCCACGCAUACUUGUCAACGAAUUCGCAAUGCCGCUCAAAGCCGACAUAUCAGAUUUGCCACCAAAUGAAUUCAUUGAACAGGCGCAAUAUGCUGUGCACGCUUGGAAAAAUCAAAUCGAGGAAUGUAAGCGACUGCUCGAUGAAGCAAUGCUUCGUGCAACGCAACGUGAAGCCAAUGAAAGUGCUGACAAUCCAAAUAACAGCGUCCAGCACAUUAUAAAAAUCAUUUCCACGCCCGAAGAGGUUAUGCAUGAGGAUGAUAUGGCACCGGCGGCAGCAGCAUCGAUCACGCCUAUCCGUAGCGCCAAUAUGAAAGAAACUAAAAUUGCUAACAAAAAUAGCAACAACAACAUCAAUAAUGACACUCCAAUUGCGUUGAAUAAAGUCACGUUAACAAACGAUAAAAGCAACGACAAAGCCAGUCUCUCCGGUGAUGACAUGAAAGCAGUGCAAGGCGAUAACAAUAAUGAUGCCGACAGCGAUACCGAUACCGAUAUUAAUGAUAGCUCAAAUAAUAGUAAACGCAACGAUAACAAGAAGAAGUGUCGCAGCGAUAAAGAGAAGAAACAUCGAGCUUUACCGCCGCUCUUGAGCGUGUUGCAGGGCAUGGGUUUUUAA